AUGGCCCACAUCCACCUGGACCAAUGCUGUCAACCCAGGCCAAUCCUCCCCAUCCAGGCAAGGCCAGACUCCACCGAGCCAGGCCAGGCUGUAGGCUGGCAUAUGGGCCGGGCACUGCCUGCCAGGCUGCUGCCAACACUCAGGGGGCUGAGUUAUUACUGCUUAUUUCCUUACACAGAACAUGAGAAGGAUCCCAAGUUUUGGAACAUGUGGGCCCAGCGGACCCUGAAAGAUGCUCUGUCACUACAAAGUCUCAAUACAAACAAAGCGAUGAAUCUAAUCCUCUUCCUCGGAGAUGGGAUGGGCAUUCCCACGGUGACGGCUGCUCGAAUCCUGAAGGGUCAGCUGAACGGACAGAGCGGAGAGGAGACGCAGCUGGAGAUGGACAAGUUCCCUUUUGUGUCUUUGGCCAAGACAUACAACACUAACGCCCAGGUGCCGGACAGUGCUGGCACCGCCACAGCGUACCUCUGCGGGGUGAAGGCCAACGAGGGCACGGUGGGCGUGAGUGCAGCUGCUGUCCGAACCCAGUGCAACACCACACAGGGCAACGAGGUCACCUCCAUCCUCAGAUGGGCGAAGGAAGCAGGCAAGUCCGUGGGAAUAGUGACAACGACCCGUGUCAACCAUGCGACUCCCAGCGCUUCUUACGCCCACAGCGUGGACAGAGACUGGUACUCCGACAAUGAGAUGCCAGCUGAAGCUCUGAGGGACGGCUGCAAGGAUAUCGCCAGACAACUCUUUGAAAACAUUCCCAACAUUGAUGUGAUCAUGGGUGGAGGGAGAAAGUACAUGUUCCCCAAAAACAAGUCAGAUGUAGAGUACCCCAACGUUUUGAAGCACAGCGGCACACGAAAAGACGGAAGAAACCUGGUGGAGGAGUGGACUGACAGAAUGAAGGAUAAAAAAGGUUAUUAUGUGUGGAACAAGAAGCAGCUCUUAUCACUGAACCCUAACAACGUGAAUUACUUAUUGGGUCUUUUUGAACCUGCGGAUCUGCCGUACGACUUGGAGAGGAACACUGAGACUGAUCCCUCGCUGACAGAAAUGGUGGAGGUGGCCAUCAAGAUCCUGAGGAAGAACCCUAGGGGAUUUUACCUGCUUGUCGAGGGAGUUGAUCCCACCCCUGCUCCCGCCUCGACGUAA